GGAGGCGGGGGCGGUGGGGGCGCAGGUGAGCCCGCGCUACGCCGUGUCUGUUUCCGGCGUGCUCGCGUCCCCGCUCCGCCGCGGCCGGGGGAGCCGACGCAGGCGGGCGCCGCGCCAAGCCGCGCAGGUACAUUGUCAAUACCUUGCAGAGGCAAUGGAGGUAAUGAUGCAAACUCUGAUGUAAUUAAAGCAUAAAGAAAAAAAAAGCAUUCUUAGCUCUACAGUACUCUGUCAGUAUUGUUCAAUGCCUAACAUUUCAGAAGAUGAAAAGGAGAAUGGUUCUGGAAAUAAUGGAAACACUGAAAACAAACCUGGGAAGGAAUCCCCAGAAGCUUCUCUUCAUGAUCCUGUUAAGCCAUACUGCAUGACAGAUGCUUCCACUGUGUCCUUGGUGUCGAGGGGAAAUGGGCAUUAUCCAUGGGGAUGUCCUGUGACUCAUACACGAGAGAAAUUUUAUACCAUCUGCUCAGACUAUGCUUUUUUAAACAGAGUAACAUCUAUUUGUAAGAGCCCAAGUGCUUCAGUUAGUGCCUGUCUGUCAGGCAGUACUGCCUUAAAUGUUGGAAAUAACACCCCUGGCUUACUCGGAAUUCAAACUGGUGCUUCAGAUAUAAUCUACAGUGAAGAUGCUAACUUGGAAGGCUUGUCUGGUGACCUUGGAAAGCUUCCCCUGGCAUGGGAAAUCGACAAAUCAGAGUUCAAUGGCGUCACCACCAAUCUGAAGAACAAAGCAGGCAACAUGAAGAAGCAGGUGACAAAGAAAAAAUCUGUAGAUAAAAAAAACAAACACCACAGGGAGUGUCCUCAGCGUUCUGCCCUCGAAGAUGUGAAGGAGAGGAAAGUGUUGGACCUCCGGAGAUGGUAUUGUGUUAGCCGACCUCAAUACAAGACUUCCUGUGGAAUUUCAUCUUUAGUGUCUUGCUGGAAUUUCUUAUAUAGUACACUGGGAGCUGGAAGUUUACCACCUAUUACUCAAGAAGAAGCUUUGCAUAUACUUGGAUUUCAGCCUCCAUUUGAAGAGAUUCGGUUUGGUCCCUUCACUGGAAAUACAACUUUAAUGAGAUGGUUUAGGCAAAUAAACGAUCACUUCCAUAUCAAGGGAUGCUCGUAUGUUCUGUAUAAACCUCAUGGGAAGAACAAGACAGCUGGAGAAACUGCUGCAGGGGCCCUUGCAAAGCUAACGCGUGGACUGAAAGAUGAAUCAAUGGCCUACAUCUACCAUUGCCAAAACCAUUAUUUUUGCCCAAUUGGGUUUGAAGCAACCCCAGUAAAAGCCAGCAAAGCCUAUAGGUUGCUGGAUUUGGACUCGGGAGACCUAGGUUCAGUUCCCAGUUCAACCACAGACUUCCAGUGUGACUUUAGAGGUCGUGUCUUGCAGCAAGAAGUAGAAUAUUGGAUCUUAAUUGGAGAGCCGAGCAGAAAACAUCCGACAAUACACUGUAAAAGGUGGGCAGAUAUUGUCACUGACCUAAACACCCAAAAUCCAGAAUAUCUAGAUAUUCGUCACCUAGAGAGAGGAUUGCAGCAUCGAAAAACAAAGAAGGUCGGAGGAAAUCUUCAUUGCAUCAUUGCCUUUCAGAGACUUAGCUGGCAAAGAUUUGGUCCUUGGAAUUUUCCAUUUGGAAAUGUUAGACAGGAUAAACAAUCCCAAACACCAGGACAAGGAAUUUCCAAAUCUGAGAGUGAAGACAAUAUCUCUAAGAAACAACAUGGACGACUGGGUCGAUCAUUCAGUGCUAGCUUUCAUCAAGAAUCUACAUGGAAGAAAUCUAAUUUUCGUGAGAGGAGGAAUAAUAUCAGUAUUUGGUUAAACCAAGCAAUAAAGGGAGCCAGAGAUCGCAGUGGUUAUUCCGUACAAAAUGCUCACCUCCUCACUCUGUUUCGUCGACUUUGCAAGCUACUGUUUUUCCGGAUUCGACCCGUCUUUGUUUUUGAUGGAGGGGCCCCACUUCUGAAGAGGCAAACCUUGGCUCAGCGAAGACGAAGAAAGGAAAUCGCCAGCCAUGAUUCCAGGAAAACUGCAGAGAAACUCUUGAAAACAUUUCUGAAGAGACAAGUUAUCAAAAAUGCUCUUAAGGGCAAGAGCCAUGAAGCCUUUCCCAGUAUUACAGAAGUUCGAAGAGAAGAAAUUGAUGACAUAUAUGUAUUGCCGCCUUUACAAGAAGAAGAGAAGAACAGCUCAGAGGAGGAAGAUGAAAAAGAAUGGGAAAUAAGAAUGAAUCAAAGAAAGAUGUUGCAUGAAGCAUUAUGUGAAAAUCCUCAGUCUGUAGAUAUUGAAUCAGAAGAUUUCAAGAACCUGCCUCCUGAAGUAAAAUAUGAGAUCUUGACUGAGAUGAAAGAAUUUACAAAACGAAAAAGAACAUUUUUUGAAGCAAUGCCAGAGGAAUCCAAUGCCUUUUCCCAGUACCAGCUUAGAGGUUUGCUUAAGAAAAGCAGCCUCAGUCGGUGCAUAGAAAAUGUACAGAAAGAACUGAAUCAACAGCACACUGGUGAAAUCCAAACACAAUAUGAAAAUGAAGGUGGUUUUGUGAAAGAAGUGGAAUAUAGAAAGGUAGUCUCGGAGGAUACUUCUCACUACAUCCUAAUAAAGGGCAUUAGAGCAAAAGAAGCUACAGGUCAAGAUUUGGAAGCUAUUGCAGGGCCCUCAUCAAAAAUGCCUGAACUUACUAAAUUGAAAGAAUUUGCUGAAUCUCCUGCUAAUGCAAAGCUAGUUGAAACUGAGAAACUGCAGACAGAGAAAGAUAAUGUGGUGACUGCACCACCCUCUCCUCGGACUUUGCUUGCCAUCCAGGCUGCUAUGCUAGAAAGCAGCUCAGAAGAAGAACUGGGGGAUGAAGAUACAGGACAACUGAACAUAGACCUGUCUGUAACAGAGGAAGGCAGUGUGUCUCCAAGAACACUGCAUGCAAUUCAUCGAGCUCUGAGUGAUGAUGGUGAUGAUGAUACAAGAGAGGAAGUUGUUACUGUUAGAACUGAUAGAGUGCUACCAGAAAGAUCAGAAGUGAAGGAUUUGCUGCUUAGUAGCUCAGAUGAGGAAGACCAGGUUCCUGAAGUUAAGGAGAGAAGAAUACCUACAUCUUCAAUUAAUUUGUCAAACCAGGUGGUUAUGCAAGAUGCUGAAUUUGAACAAAAGAGUCAGGAGCUGGACAAAAAUCAUAUUACAACCAAAGACACUAUUAUAUCCACACUUGAAAACUAUUCUUGUAUUGACAAUACUAAAAAAGGCAAAGAAGACUUAGAUAAAGAAGAUGAUAGUUCCAAAAUAGAGUUAAAUUGUUUGGGAGAUAAGAAUAUAAACUUGUGCAUGCAGAAGCCAAACUGUUUUCCUGUACAAACUAGUAUAGAGUCUUUGAUUCAUGCUGAAACAGCAGGCCUUUGUGAAAAUGAGGAAAACUUGAAAAUUUCUCUAAAUGUAGAGGAAGAAGUGUUGCAAACAGAAGAGAAUGUACCUGAAGUACGAAAGGAUAUUACAUUUUUCCCAGAAACAAAAAGUCCUGAGGAGGAAAAAGAAGAGAUAUCACUGUCUGAAGACAGUGAUUCUGAUGGAAGUUUUAUUGAAGUGGAAACUGAAAUCAGUAAUGAGGCUGAGUUUCCUGCUAAAUGUCAUGAAGAACUGGGUGAUGAAACAGCACUUCCAGAAGUGGAGACAGACAGACAUGAUACUGUCACACAGGACUUGCUGAAAGAGUCUGAAGUGCAGCUGGCAAACAAUCAGAGUGUUGAAAGAGGAGAUGAUGAUAAAGAUGGAGAGGAUAAGUGGCAAGACAUCAGUAUGGAAGAGCUAGAAGAAUUAGAAAAUGACCUUUCUGCUGAGCAGAAUAAGCUUCAGGCUCAGAAAGAGAAGCAGGAACGUGUUGCCGCCUCUGUAACAGGACAGAUGUGCUUGGAAAGCCAGGAGCUUCUCCGUCUGUUUGGCAUUCCGUAUAUUGAAGCUCCAAUGGAGGCAGAGGCGCAGUGUGCUGUAUUGGACCUUACUGAUCAGACCUCUGGGACAAUUACAGAUGAUAGCGAUGUUUGGUUAUUUGGUGCACGACAUGUUUAUAAAAAUUUCUUCAGCCAAAACCAAUAUGUGGAGUAUUACCAGUAUGUUGAUUUUCAAAACCAGCUAGGGUUGGAUCGAAGCAAGCUGAUUAAUUUGGCAUACUUGCUUGGAAGUGACUACACUGAGGGUAUCCCAAAUGUUGGCUUUGUAACAGCGAUGGAGAUUUUGAAUGAAUUUCCUGGGCAUGGUUUGGAACCUCUCUUGAGAUUUGCUGAGUGGUGGAAUGAGGCUCAGAAGAAUAAGAAAUUGAGACCUAAUCCACGUGACACCAAAGUCAAGAAGAAGUUGCGGGACCUGCAGCUUUCCUCAGGUUUCCCAAAUCCAGCAGUGGCAGAAGCAUACCUGAAUCCUAUGGUGGAUGAGACAAGGGGUUCGUUCAUCUGGGGGAAGCCUGAUGUAGAACAAAUCAGAGAGUUCUGUCAGAAUCGCUUUGGCUGGACCAGGGUGAAGACAGAUGAAAUCCUUUUGCCUGUGAUGAAACAGCUGAACUUGCAGCAGACUCAGCUUCGAAUUGAUUCAUUCUUCAGGCUAGAACAGCAGGAAAAAAUAGCUAUUAAAAGUCAGAGACUGCGCAGAGCUGUGACUUGCCUGAAGAGGAGGGAAAAAGAAGCAGCUGAUGAUGUUCAGGAGAUUGAAAAAGCGCAUGAAGAAAGGAAAGGGGAAGAUGCUGCAGGCUGUACAGAUCAUCAAGUUAUGGCCACCGAAGUCCAAAAUGGAAAGAGAAGAAAGCUUUCAGAUUCCAGAAAAGAACAUGUCUAUGGAGGUGGUUUUAUAGGGAAUUUGCAUCUUUCAGAAACUUCUAGUGACUCCUCGAUAGAGGAAUCAGAAAGCAGAGAUUUGGGCAGGAGCAAAAGGAGGAAAAAGGUCUCUGCAAUGGAGUCAGCAGACUCUAAAGAGAAAAAGAGGUGCAGUAGUUCAAGUGGUGAGGAUGAAGAAUUGGGAAAAAUAAUCUUGGUGACUGCCAAACCUGUGUUUGAGGGAAAAAAGAAAUCGCAGAGUAAGAGAAGAAUAAAAAAGAAAACGUCUUAAAGAAAAGUCUUGAAAAAGAGGGGCUAUGUAUGGGUUUUGUGACUUAAGCUUUAUAAAUAUUGUGAUGAAUUUUUGAUAAAAUAAUAAAUUAUCUCUAUUUGUUAUGUA